UUCAAUCAUUCAAUCAUCGUCAAAACGAAACCUAGGGUUUCUCAUUCAUCAAUAACCCAGAAUCCAAUCAAUCACCUAAUCAUAGCCGUCCAAUUAUGACAGGGAAGGCGAAGCCGAAGAAGCACACGGCCAAGGAGAUCGCGGCGAAGCUCGACGCGGCGACAACGAACAGGGGCGGAGGCAAGGCCGGCCUUGCUGAUCGGACCGGUGUGGAAAAGGGCGGACACGCCAAACUGGAAUGCCCUCACUGCAAGGUUACGGCUCCUGAUGUCAAGUCUAUGCAGAUCCAUCACGAGGCGAAGCACCCUAAGAUCCCUUUCGAGGAGUCCAAGAUCAUCAAUCUCCACUCCUCCCUUGCCCCUGAGCCGAGCAAGACUAAACCUGGUGUUCGGGGAAGCCUCAAGAAGUGAACUUCAAAAUUAUACGGCUACAAUAUUGUGUUCUUCUGGUGGUUUGCGUGUCUUUGUUGUGUUUGUUGGGUCGUUUUGGGUCUUACUACUUGGUGGUGUUUUUGGUUCCGAGUUUGGCGGAUGACGAUGAAUUUCUUGGAAUCGUAGAUGCUACCUAUGUUUGCAUGGAAAAGUAAUCAGAAAACUUUAAGGAUGUAUUAGCUAUGUUUUAUUUCUUGGUUGUGUGAUCGCAACGAGAUUUGUGAGAUAUUUUUUAGUGCUUGAAUGUGAGUGUGCUUAAUAUCCUGCUCUUUUAAGUAUGAUUUA